UAAUCAACAGCAGUACGCAAUACGCACCUCCAAUUCUCAAAUCAAUGGCGCCCAAUCUUUUCUUCUCCAUUCUCCUACCUCUCUUCUUCCUCGCCGCCUCUUCCAUGGCCGCUCUCGUGCAACAGUCGCCGCUCCUCAAAUACCACAACGGAACUUUGCUCCGAGGAACCGUCACCGUCAAUCUCAUCUGGUACGGAAAGUUCACCGCCGUCCAGCGCUCCAUUAUCGUCGAUUUCCUCCACUCUCUCAAUUCCCCCAAACUCGCCGCCCCCUCCGCCGCGUCGUGGUGGCGGACGACCGAAAAGUACGGCGGCGGAGCAUCCAAGGUCGUCGUCGGAAAACAAUUCCUCGACGAGAACUGCUCUCUCGGAAAAUCUCUGAAACAUUCCAACAUUGUCUACUUGGCCGCCAGGGGCGGCCACUCCGCCGGAGUAAUUAACGCCGUCUUAACGGCGAACGACGUAGCCGUCAACGGCUUCUGCAUGAGCCGCUGCGGCACUCACGGCUCGGCUCGCGGCGCGGCGCGAUUUGCCUACGCUUGGGUCGGCGAUUCCGAGACGCAGUGCCCGGGUUACUGCGCCUGGCCGUUCCACCAGCCGGCUUACGGCCCGCAGGCGCCGCCGCUCGUGGCGCCGAACGGCGACGUCGGCGCCGACGGCAUGGUGAUCAAUCUGGCGGCGGUGCUGGCCGGGGCGGUGACGAACCCAUUCAAUAACGGAUACUUUCAGGGGCCGGUGACGGCGCCGUUAGAGGCGGUAACGGCGUGCACGGGGGUAUUCGGGUCGGGCGCGUAUCCGGGUUACGCCGGGACUGUGCUGACGGACAAGAGCAGCGGCGGUAGCUACAACGCUCACGGCGUUAACGGGCGCCGUUAUCUUUUGCCGGCUAUGUGGGACCCGCAGACGUCCCAGUGUGCGACACUUGUCUGAAUUUGAUUGGAGGGGAGUGAUCGGGUGCGGGCAGGUGUGCGAAGAUACGGGUUGUUUCAUUGCGGGCAGCAGGAAUGGGUUUUUGUCGUUUUGUAUGAUAAAAAUGUGUAUUUUCAAUUUAUGUUGAAAAAGGAAAGUGUGAAGUUGGCGCCAAUAAAAAAAAUACUAAAAUGAAAUAAAAAUGGCUUUUGUAUUAGAUGAAAAUUUUUAAAUGCAAUGUUGGGUGUGUCUUUUAAUGAAAGUGCAAAAAUAUUUUAAUUUAA